AUGUUGAGUGACAUAGAAAAAAGUAUUCAAUAUCUUAAAAAAAUUGAGGAUUUUCAUCAUAAAAUUGACACCGGAAUAAUUAAAUUAAAAGGAGAAUUUUUAAAUUAUUUAGAAAAGCCUCUUUAUGAUUACUUGGAUGAUACAAGAAAAGAAGUGGACCAACUUUAUAAUGAAACGAGAAUCUAUGUUUAUAUUUAUGAGAAGCCAUUUAAUCCCAAAUAUAUGACAGAUGAUGAAUUAAUAAGUAGGUACACUAUGGCAAAGCUUAUUGAUAUAAAGACUAGAAAUUUAAUGAAUAAAACAAUAAAUAUGUUAAGCUUGGAAAAUGAUCAUUAUAUUGAAGUUAUGCAAAAAGAAGGGUACUUUGGUUAUUAA